AUGGGAUACAAGAGUGGAAAAUUGUUCGAGGUCCCUAUUGGCAGCAAUGGCAAGGUCGUUGUCACCAAGCUGGCGGAGAGAGUCUAUAUGAUCAUGUGGAACUCUGCACCGGACAAUCGGCUCACCACUUCCUUCUGCAAUGCUGUGCACACUGCGCUGGACAUUCUGGCACUCAAGUAUCCUCAUGGCGUGGUGAUUACCACGUCUGGCAUCAGCAAGUUCUAUAGCAAUGGACUGGAUCUUGAGCAUUACAAUUCGACUCCGACGUUUGUCAAGGACUCGCUCUUUGCGCUUUGGAAGAAAUUGUUGAUCUACCCAAUGCCCACCAUCGCCCUUAUCAACGGUCACAGUUUCGCUGGCGGCUUGAUGACAGCCAUGAUGCACGACUACAGAAUCAUGAACCCCCACCGCGGUUACGUCUGCCUCAACGAAGUCGACAUCGGUGUCGUGCUCAAAGCAGCCAUGUCCUCCGUCUUCCGCCAAAAGUGCUCGCCCCAGACAUACCGCACCUUGGUGCUUGAGGGCAAACGAUUCAAAGCCUUGGAAGCUCUGGAGGCAGGUAUCAUUGACGGUGUGGGUGGUCUGGAUGAGGUUGUCAAGUUUGUGGAGGAAUUGGGUCUGGUGAGCAAGACGGACAAAGGCAUCUAUGGCGCGUUGAAGAAGGAGAUGUACAGGGAGACUGUAGCAUUCUUGGAUGCCCCUGAUGACGAGCCCGAGUACAAGGAAAGGGUUAAGAAGCAAGAUGAAGAGUUGAAGAAAAAGGCCGAGCAGAGAGUCAAGGAUUGGGAGGCCGCUAAGGCCAAGCUGUAG